CUGAAGCACUAUUUCUGGGUUAGCAGAGUCUGUAACCUGAAGCUUAUGUAACCUGAGGUACCACUGUAGGUCUGAGUAGCAUUUAGUUGAAUGUCACCCAUAGAAUCUUACCUUAAAGAUAACCAAAUUUAUUAUGGCAUAAGAAGAGACUACGGUCCAUUAUUUAGAUGCAUCGGGGGUUUUUUGGGGGGUGUACGCAUGCACACACACAUGGCUUGUGGAGAUAAGGAGCAAACUUAGUGAGAGGACUUUGGUAUAACAGUUGGUUCUGUGGCCGGCCCUACCAUUGGGCAGAAUAAAGCAACCGCCUCAGCCAACAGUUAUGAUGAGUGGGGUGUGAUGGUGAAGUGGGCAAGGGCUAUGAGGAACUUAAAGAACGUUUUUCUCACUUGCCUUUAUAUUUUUAACUAUAUGCUCCUCAGAUUCGUUGGGCAAGGCUCCCACCUUUGACAUGAAGCAUUCUUGCUUCUUCUCCUCUCCUUGAAACCUUGAACCUAGGAAGAGCCUGUGUACGUUACUGCUGUACAUUACUUUAACAAGGGCAAACGCGCUCAGUGGGAGAGGUGAGGGAAAGAGCAGCCACCAUUAUGGGCAACUAACUCGUUACCUCAGAAAGUUUAGAUAUGCCCAAUGUUACCUUUCUGUAAGGCCCUGAACCUUUAAGUGCAGGUUGGUAGUGAGGCUUCCUUUAAACUUUCAAAAUGGGUUAUGAAUUUCCUCAGCACUGUAAGUUCCCCACUUUUUUUGGGUUGAUACCUUUUUUGUUAUAAAGGGCUCUAAAUUUUAGUUCCUGAGCAUGACAACUUCUGAGAAAACUGCUGUGGAGCUGAGGUUUACCGGCAUGGCGACAGAAACCCUCUUUCAACUUUUCCCACUAAUGUGGUCAACGAAGAUGUCUGGCCACAAGGAUAUGGACAGCUCACAACGCGUGGAAUGCAGCAGCAAUACUUGUUGGGUCAACUCAUAAAGGACAGAUAUAAGGACUUCUUAAGUGAUGAAUACAAGCGAAAGGAAAUUUAUGUCCGAAGUACAGAUUAUGAUCGAACCAUUAUGAGUGCUCAAGCCAAUCUGGCCGGACUCUUUCCUCCUAAAGGAAACCAAAUCUGGAACAAAGAGAUCGCUUGGCAACCAAUUCCAGUUCAUACUGUGCCACGUUCAGAGGAAAGGUUGUUGCAUUAUCCUGUUCACGCUCCAUGUCCAAAGUUCGGUCAGCUUCUAAAGGAAACUUUUGGAUCCGAAACAGUCCAGGAAAAACUGAAAAGUCAAAUGCCAUUUCUAGGUAAAUUAGCAGCUAACCUGGGAUACGAUAUGAAGGCUCUUCUGGAUUUUAAGAGUCACAAACUCUGGAAUGCAUACGAUGCUUUACUUGUUCAGAAAAAACACAAGCAGCCAUUACCAGCCUGGGCUACUGACGAAGUCAUGGCCAAUUUGAAAGAUCUUUUGGCAUUUUCCUUAAAUGCAAUGUUUGGGAUACACAAAAGAGAAAAGAAAUCACGACUACAAGGAGGUCUCCUUGUGAAAGAUAUUUUGAAUAAGAUGACAGAGGCUACUGAGUCCACUGAUGGAAGAAAAAUGUUAAUGUAUUCAGCCCAUGAUACCACAAUAGUUGCUCUCCAAGUAGCACUCAAUAUUUUCAACGUAAAGCUACCGCCAUACGCCGCCUGCCUAUUUUUUGAGCUAUAUAAAGAAGACAGUGGUGAGUUCACCAUUGAGAUGCACUAUCGGGCCAAAAGAAAACUUCCACCCCAAGCUCUUGUUUUGCCGGGCUGUGAAGCAGCUUGCCCCUUGCAGAAGUUUAAAGAACUGGUUUCUCCUGUCAUACCAGAGGACUGGCAAGCAGAAUGUAAUAGUUAAUGUAGGAUGGCAUCACAAAUGAGAGGGUGAAAAGUAAAAUCAAAGAAAAGGCAAAUGAGAAAAUUAACAUCCCCAGGAAGGAAAGCGGACAGCAAAUAAGUUGUAGGACACCAGAAACACUGCGUGACUGUUGAUGCUUUCGUGUGAUUCUCAUUAUUAGGAUUUUCAUCUUCUCAGAAAUUAUUAUGAUCAAAUAAAU